AUGAGAGGAAUGAAUAACCCUACAAAACAGCAAGAGAUUAGAUGGUUUUUGAACCAAAAUGGUAUAGGGUUAUUUUCUCUUCUCGAAACAAAGGUGAAGGCUGUGAACUUCCCUAAGGUUUAUGCUGGUGUUUGUCCUAACUGGAGUGUGGUGACAAAUUUGCAACAUCAUAGAGGACGAAGGAUUUGGAUAAUUUGGCAACCUGGAAGAUUCUAUGUGGAUAUUCUUGAGUGUGAUGCUCAAUAUAUCCACUGUAAGAUCACUCAUAAUGCUACUGGGAAAAUGUUUUAUUGGACAGUGGUGUAUGGUUAUAAUGAGGUAGGGGAGAGAUGUCAUUUGUGGAGGUGUUUGGGGAGAGUAAAAGGGUUUGUGAAUGAUGUAUGGAUAAUUGGUGGUGAUUUUAAUAAUGUUCUGAAUCUUCAUGAGAGAAUAGGGUCUGCUGUUACCUUGGAAGAGGUUGAUGAGUUCAGGCAAUGUCUUAGGACAUGUGAAAUGAAUGAUUUGAGUUUCAAUGGGCAUGCAUUCUCUUGGUCUAAUAAGCAAGAAGGUGAAAGUAGAGUAUGCUCGAAAAUUGAUAGAGUUAUUGGGAAUGAUGCAUGGUUGAAUGCAUUUCCUAAUGCUACUAUUUCAUUUUUGCCUGAGGGGUGCUCAGAUCAUACUCCUUAUGUGAUCAAUUUGGAUAGCUUGAUAAAUCCAAGGCCUAAAACUUAUAGAUUCUUUAAUAUGUGGACAGAAGAUGUUGAGUUUAUGGACAAGGUGCAGGGAGUGUGGAGUAUGGAUGUGAGUGAAAUUAAAAUGUAUCAGAUGAUAAAGAAGUUGAGGAGUUUAAAAAGAGUUUUAAAGGAGUUGAAUAGGAAGAAUUUCUCUGAUGUAGAUUGUGCUGCAGACAAUGCUUAUAGAAAGCUACUUGAGUUACAAGUUCAAGAGGAUCCUUAG